CGGAAACAGUGGCAAGGACAAAAAGUUCAAGCAGCUCCGUGAGAAAAUUCGUAAGCUCACAGGUGGAGUAGUGAGCAAGAAGUCUGUUCGAGGUGCGAUGCUGGUUGUGCAGGACGAUCUGAUCGCGAAGGCUGCAAGGGGUGUACACUUGCGGCACGGACCUCGCAUCAUGCGUGAAACUGGAAAGUCUGUCGUCGAUGCUCUGCGUGAAGAUGGUACUCCUUUGAUCUAGAAUCCAAGGAGCUCCCUUCAAGACUGUCUUUUAUUAGUCCAAGCAGCUUGCGCUGUUUGUCUCCUCUUGCUCUGCUGGUUCCAUCUGUUCGGAUCUCCCUCUGUGUGGGACAGACGCGUAGGCUUUGAGGCAUUGGCGCAACUUAGUGACUUCCAAGAGGCAGACGAUUACAUGUCUUGUUUUCGUCUCCACUCUUCGACUUCAUUGGGAUCCUUGGAUCUUCUCAAGUCUUAAUUAAUCGUUUCAAUUUGAGCCUCUUUCUGUGUCUCCGCAUCGACCAUUUCUAAUGGUGAUUAGGCUUCAGAAAGAGGCUCAAAUUGAAACGAUUACUUAAGGGUCUCGGAACCCUUGUCCGAGAGGGGUCGCCUGAGCCUCUAUUUUUAAGUAAUCGGCCAGAUACUAGUGGGGCAAGAUCCCGUUUCUGAACGAAACGCGAACCACCACUAGAGUCUGUGAUUUGAAGCGAUUACUUAACGAGUUGAAGCCACAUCCUCUUAUGGUGAUUUGAAAUGAUUACUUAGGGUACUUUGGAGGGGUCUCAGCAAGAGGGUAUUUGGUCUCCUCCAGACCUCUCGGACCCUUGGUCCAGAUCUUCAAGAAACUACUGAUGAGUCUGAACCUUUCAGGCUCAAACUCCCUGAAGAUCGUUUUAGAUAUAAGAGAGUAGUCCUGAUAUGGAACUCGAUAUUUCUAUACCGCCAGACUUAUGAGCUCAUGUCUUUUCCUUAAUAUAACCUCCAGGCGCUCGCGUGGUCAGUAUGGUUCGGACUCGUUGGUUUGCGGAAACAAUCACAAGCUUUUUCUGGGAGAAGCAUGGUGGAUUGAUCCUCGAAAUUUGUCAGGAGUUGGAGACCCGAAUCCUGAAUGGUUGGGAUAUUCGCCAGGUGAGUUCCGAUGAGAGUGCGUCUCUCCCUACUGAUCUGGUCGCUCCUGCUCCAGUGGGUUCUCUUGAUCCAGAUGAUCGCGCGCUCGGAGUAGAGGAGGAGGACUCUGAGCCUGAUGAAGAUGUGGAUCCAGAGAAACUACUUCCUCAACCUGUAGAAAUUGGCGACGAAAUCAUCCGUCCAGAGCUCUUUGACCAAGUUGAUUGCGCUGACGCACCGAGC